GAAAUUAACCGUGCUGAGGGACUGGGGCGAGCACAUGGCCAGGUUCUGUGUUUCCUGCCUGUGUCCAGCAUCUUGGCACUUCACUGUGCCUUUAGUGAGUCUGUGUCCCCGUCAACGCCUGGUACUGUUGGGCCUUUUGUUCGGAGCCUGUUUUGUGCUGCUUGCAACAACUGCAAAUCUGUGGCGUUGGAGGGCUUUUAGCUCUCAAGACAGGCAGUUUGAAAGGUACUUUGCACGAUUCCAAGACCUGGAGGCCACUGACACAGAGAAUGCAGCUCUGAAUUAUGGCGUGGUUGUCGACUGUGGGAGCAGCGGGUCCCGGGUCUUUGUGUAUUUUUGGCCGCCACACAACGGCAAUCCUCAUGACUUGCUGGACAUCCGGCAGAUGCGUGACCGCAACAGCCAGCCUGUUGUCAAGAAAAUCAAGCCAGGGAUCUCUACAGUAGCCACAACUCCGGACAAAGCCAGUGAUUACAUGAGGCCGCUGCUCAGCUUUGCUGCUGCCUACGUGCCCAGGACCAAGCACAAGGAGACCCCCCUCUACAUCUUGUGUACAGCAGGAAUGAGACUGCUGCCUGACUGGCAGCAGGCCGCAAUCCUGGAGGACCUGGUGAGGGACGUGCCCUUGGAAUUUGACUUCCUUUUCUCUGAGUCUCAUGCAGAAGUGAUCUCAGGGAAGCAAGAAGGUGUCUAUGCUUGGAUAGGCAUCAACUUCGUCCUGGGGCGAUUUGACCAUAAAGAAGAGGAAGAUAAAUUGGUCUCGGUGACCCUGGCUGGCCAGGAAGAGCCUCUAUUGAGAAAGAGGACUGUUGGCAUCCUAGACAUGGGAGGUGCUUCUCUACAAAUAGCGUACGAGGUGCCUAGCACUACAGCCUUCUCUUCUCCACAGGAGGAGACAGCUGCCAAGGCCUUUCUUGCUGAUUUCAACCUCGGCUGUGAUGCACAACACACAAAGCAUGUGUACCGGGUCUAUGUCAACACCUUCCUGGGCUUUGGGGGCAACUUUGCUCGGCAACGCUAUGAAGAACUGAUGCUGAAUCAGACCAGCACCCACAACAGGUUACAGGGUGAUCAGAGUGGGGCAAAUUCCAAGGUGCCAGUCUUGGAUCCUUGCCUGCCUGAAGGACUGGAGGAUGUUGUGGAGCAAGGGGGCCAGAGCUUGCAUGUCAGGGGCCAGGGAGAUUGGCAAACCUGUGCAGAGCGAUUGCUCCCCCUGUUGGCUGGAGACAACAGUAGCCAGACCUCACCAAGGAACACCUACCAAGCACCCAUUGACUUUGCUAACAGUGAAUUUUAUGGAUUUUCUGAAUUCUACUACUGCACAGAAGAUGUGCUGCGUCUGGGAGGACCUUAUCGUGCACCCACCUUCACGCGUGCUGCUCAGGAUUAUUGCAGACUGAGCUGGUCAUUGCUAAUACAGAGGUUCCAAGACAAGCUGUACUCAUCACAUGCAGACCUGCAUCGUGUCAAGUACCAGUGCUUUAAGUCAGCUUGGAUGCACCAAGUCCUCCAUAAAGGGUUCAUUUUCCCCAUGGACUAUUCUGGCCUGCACACAGCUCAGUUAAUAUAUGACCGUGAGGUGCAGUGGACGCUGGGAGCCAUUCUUUAUAAGACCCGCUUCUGGCCGCUCAGGGAUAUCCACCCAGAGGGCAUCCAUCCACCACACAGUUCAUGGCUGCGUCUUUCCUUUGUCUACAAUCACUACCUUUUCUUCGCAUGCAUUCUUGUGGUGAUGCUAGCGAUUGGACUCUACCUCCUUCGCUUGCACCGCAUUCACAAACAGCAGCUGCACUCAGCAUCACUGGACCUGCUGUGGCUGGCAGAAGUGGUGCCGUUGCCAGGACAGGAGCCAGGCUCUUGA